UCUUCCUGACGUGGCGAGCCGCUAAAGGUCCCACGGUUCCUCCGUGGGCCGCUCCGAUUGGGUGGAUCACCUGUUCGGCAAUUUUCACGACAAAUGUAAAUACACAGGUGGCAGCGGCAUGGGCGCGCGAGCGCUUUAUGUAAAUAAAACAGAAGUGAAAGCGUGUCACAGUUGGCUUUGGUUUCCUGCUGAAAACAAACUUUGAGUCCCAAUGUUUGUCAGAUAGUUGGUUAAAGGACUUUGGGGUUUUCAGACGAGGUAAGAGUCAUACUUGGUGACUUAGAUGUAAUGAUUAACUCGGCUGACGUGCUUUUUAUUGAGUUUCUGACGCGCAAUAUCGAACUGUUACUGUCGAAAUUUGUGGUCAAAUCAAAUCUUGACUUUCACAUAAGGUAAAACAAGAUAAAACUGGGUUUGCUCUUCAAAAAAAAUCAUGCAAGAUUACUCCACUGUAACCAAUUGUAGGCUAAGUGCUCUCAAACAAACACAUUUUGUGUGCGUAAGUCUGUUAAUGUGGGUUAAUUCUGUCAACUUUGGACUGGUUUAUAUUUGGUUUCCACCUGACGCUUGUUUCCUUCCGCAGGUGACUCCUGCGCGCUCAUGCCUCAGCGGCUCUCAGCGGCCGCGGUGCUGCAGCUCGCGUUGCUGCUGUCCGCGGUGCCCGCGCAGUACCUCAUCUCCAAGUGGACCAGCACGACAUCAGCGCAGCGCUUCCACGCGACCACCCGGUAGGAUCGGCGCGUGAAAUCACUUUAAAGGCGUUAAGAUACAUACUUAGUGACAAGUUCCUGGAAUUACUUUGUAGGGGAGACUGGGGUAAGUUGAGCCAAAGGGUAACUUGAGCCACCCAAUAGUAAGAGAAAUUGAUAAUGUGCAUCAAUUCUUGCAGUAUGUAAAGGUUAGAGACACAUGGGUGAAGGGGUUAGACAUUUAUUUAAAAAAAACAAAACAUUUUUAACUCUUGAAAGUGAAUUUAGUCUGUCUUAAGUAUGAUUAAAAUUGUGUUCAGAACAAAAAAAGAUAAUUUUAAAUUUGUUUUACACAUCAAUUGUGGUAUCUAUGAACAUUUAAGUCCACCAUUUUAGCUUAGAGGACUAAUAAAGUCAUAAUAGUAGUUCUGGGGUAAGUUAAACCAGUCACUCAACUGAGGAUCAGAGUUUCAGUUCAAAUUGUUGAAAUGUUUUACUUUUUUCCUCAUGCUAUAUUAUCAAGACAGUUCUGUUCACACUAAUUCUGUUGGUUUGCAGGGAUGCACAACAUCUUGAAAUAUACGCAGGUACACUAGUUAGAGACAAAACUAUGAUCGCCUUGAUGUAGUGAUCCGAUAUGUGGAAAAAUGGCUCAUCUUACCCCACUCUCCCCUAUUUAUCUUGUGGCACAAGUUUUUUCAUAAUGAAUCUAUAAACUUGGUGUUUCAGGCUUCUUAGAAUUUGGAGAGAGUGGAGAGCUUACCUCGAUGGCACGGCAUGGAUGGACUGGGCGAGCGAGCAGAUGUCGAAGUUUACGUAUGUUUAUUAUUAGGAUUAUCCUGGGUAACACAAAAAAUGUUUGACUGUCUCUAACAAGUUGUCUAACUUGAUCUUCUUAAAAUCACAAAAAUAAUUCAACUCAAUGUUUUAUUUCUGAAUUAAAAUUAGGUCACAGGAAAAAAAUCCUCACAUCAGACCAAAUGUUUCAUAUGAACAUAGUGACACCCCAUUUACCUUAUAAACAUGCUUACUAAUGUAAUAAGGAUGUUGCAGCACUAGAGAGGUGCACUAUGAUAAUAAGGAAACUGACCCUUUUUUUCUAAAGGUCUUUUCUCAAUUUGGGGCUGGAGGAGGACGAGGCAAAGAACACAGCUAUGUUCGAGAACUUGCUUCAGGACAAUGAGGGCGGAUUCUUUGGAGGUUUGUAUCUGUAAAUGAAGUAAACUGUAAAAACUCUUGGCUUCUUUGCUCUCCUUGUCACGUUGCCCUGUAGCAUGUACACAUGUUCCACAUGUAUCGUGGGAAAUUAUCUACCUGAACUCUCAAAGUGUUUACCCUCACAGGUGAUCUCAAAUACUAUAAGGAAUUUGAUUUGUCCCCCAAACAUUUCUCUCUGUCUGUGUCUAAGCUUCAAAGGAAGUGCGAAGCCCUCGUCCCCCGUACGUGUUCCUGAGGGUGGGGGAUGUAGUGAUGGAGAGAAGGGGGAACAUGAUUGGGGUCAUUGUGAGCUGGGACUCUGAACUCCAGGCGCCCCCUGAGUGGAUAAAAAGGAUGUAUUCCAACCAUGAGGUCAGCAGCCGUAGUGCACAUAUUCUUUGAUUUUCAGUUUUGCUUCCUUAAAUGAGACAGGCCAUUGUGAUCUGUGACUCUGUGUGUGUGUGUGUGUGUGUGUGUGUGUGUGUGUGUGUGUGUGUGUGUGUGUGUGUGUGUGUGUGUGUGUAGGGCACCAAAGUCGAGAAAACACCUCAUUAUAAAGUUCUGUUCAGGGGGCCAUCCUCCUCCUCGGUGUUUGUUGGGUACCUGCCGCAGACACAACUGGAGCGCAUCACUGGGAUGAGGGUAUGUACUGAAACAUUGAACACAUUAAAGGGAUAUUCUGGCGUAAAAUUAAUUUAGGGUCAAACACACUGUAACACUGAGUUAGACACCCCGUCAGGAGAUGAAUGUUGCCGACUGCUUGUUUCUCUAUUUAUACCAACUUUAGUAACGACCGCACGAUAGCAAUACACAGCGGUCUGUGGAGCCAUAAACAAACAUCAACCAAAACGCCACUCUAACUUCAUCAACAGUACAUAUAGGGUCUCAGCCAUAGCACUAGCCACCAAACAUCUUUUUAACUUUGCCUAAUUUCUUUAGCAAAGAGACUAAACACAACUCACCUACUCUCUUCCAGCAGUCGCUUGUUUGUAGUGAGACCUUGGGCCAGUCCAUCACGGACUACAGCGGGGUGACGCAGCUCAAGGAAGACCCGCUGUAGUCCGUGAUGGACUGGCCCGAGGUCUCACUACAAACAAGCGGCUGCUGGAAGAGAGUAGGUUAGUUGUGAGUAGUCUCUUUGCUAAAGAAAUUAGGCAAAGUCUAAAUUACCUUAUGUAGACCCUAAAUUAAUUUUUCGCUGGAAUAUUCCUUUAACACAAACAUGAUACGCAGCACUUUGAAUUCACUGUUGGAUGUUUCCAGCCGGACAUCGCCACCUUGGAGAAUUACUUCACACACUUCGAUGGUGAGCGGUUCGUCAUGCAGCCCUGGCUCAGAGAUAUCUAUCCCGAAGAUGAUCGAGAAAACGAAGAAUACUGACCGCUGUUUACUUUAGAAGGACUGAUCAUGUUUCAGAACACCCAGGAUCAUUUUUGGAUUCCCUCUCAGACAAAUGAUGUGAGGGUGACUCUUUUCAGGAUUUGGAGUCACACCGAGGUAACUUCUUUUCAGUUUGAAAUCCCUGCUGCUCAACUUUUACUUCUUAAAGGUGAUAUAAUGAACAGUAUUUUUAAUAUGAAGUGCCAUACAGCAGACUUUUUAACAGCUUUUACUUUUAACAUGGCUGAUUUUUAAAGAGAGACUCAAAUAAGAGACUUAAAAUAAGAAAUAUACUGUCAAAGAUGAAGUACAUUUUCCUUUUUAAUUUAAAAACCUGUUUCAGUUGAGGUAGAAAAAGCACUUUAUGCAGCCUUUACAACAACAAAAUAAAAUCCUUAUAAGAGUAAAAA